AUGGCCUCUGCCUCGUCGACCCUGCCCGAAUUCCCAAGCUCCUUUACAACGGCCACAACCGUGCUCGUUUUCGGGCUCAGCCCUUUCCCCUGCAUCAUUCCUAGAAAGUACAUGGACCGAUCAAUGUCACCGGCUUUGGCAAACCCUAAGAUUAUAUCAUUAAACAACUUAGUGUCUAAUUCGAUCCUGCUGGACUCCAUCUCGCCGUACAAUUUAUCGAGUAUGGAGACGUCUAUGGGCGUGGAUAAGGAUGGCGUAGAGCAGCUCGUACGAGAAGCAGAGGUUGUGGCGCUGGAGCCAGAGGGGGGCCGGGACGGCGCAGUAGGACUCGGCGAGGCUGAGCUCCGACGGGUCGAGGGCGGUGGGCGGGUCCGGCCGGGCCGGGUGGGGUGGUUUGUAGCGGGUGGAGAGGAAAUCGAGGAGCGGUGCGAAGUCGUAGUAGGGGUUGGGGAGCCGAGCGACGUCGUAGGGAUCCUGCUCGUGUCCGUUGACGGCGGCCGGGAGGGUGAAGUCAUGGUGGGAGGAGGCGGAGGGAAGGAGGUGGCGGCAGUGGCGGUGGCUGGGGAAGGGCGACGCGCGGGGGAUGUGGGAGCGGAGGUGGAGGUGUGGCGGAGGGAGUAA